UGCUACCGUUGAGUGACAUUACCGUGAGAGCGACUUUCUUCAAUUCAACCCUAACCCUGACCGUACCACUUAUAGAUAAGAAAACGCCUUCCGGCCUCCCACUCCGUCGCAUUUAUCACCUGCCUUCCACAACAAUCUCCACCGUUGCAUAGAACUCGACCGCGAUUUGCGACCGCGACCCUCAGAGCCUUCAACGCAUCAGGCUAACUCCUCAUACCCACUCAGCAGUAGCAAGCAAUCCGUACGGAGUACAAGAUCAACCCAUAAUCGCAAACCCAUACCGCCACCAUGUCUGAGCGCAAAGUCCUUACUAAAUACUACCCGCCGGACUUCGACCCCUCCCUCGUCGGGCGUGCGCGCAAGUCCAAGACCUCGCAAGCGGGGCCGAAAGUCCAGACCGUCCGCCUGAUGGCGCCCUUCUCCCUGCGGUGCGUCGCCUGCGGCGAGUACAUGUACCGCGGGCGCAAGUUCAACGCCCGGAAGGAGACGCCCGUGGGCGAGAAAUACCUCGGCAUCCAGCUCUACCGGUUCUACAUCCGCUGCACGCGGUGCUCGGCCGAGAUCGUGUUCCGGACGGACCCCAAGAACCAGGAUUACGUGGUCGAGCGGGGCGCCAAGCGGAAUACCGAGCCGUGGAAGAGGGGGCUGGAGGGGGAGAUGGAGGAGACGGACGAGCAGCGGCUGGAGAGGCUGGAGCGGGAGAUGGCCGAGGCGGAGGGCGAGGUGGAGCGCAAUGCGAUGGCCGAGUUGGAGGCCAAGACGGAGGAUGCGAAGCGGGAGAUGGCGGUGGCGGAUGCGCUGGAUGAGAUCAGGAGUCGCAAUGCGAGGCUCGAGAAGGCACAGAGGGAAGGGGACGGGUUGUUGGAGGUCGGGGUCGGGUUGGUGACCAAGGAGGAAGAGGAGAGGAGGCGGCAGGAGGAGGAGGAUGCGGAAGCGGCGAGGAGGGCGUUCGCGUUUGCGCGACGGCAGGAGGCGCUGGAGGAGAUUGUGGAAGAGGAUGGAGAGACGGGCGAUGGCGUGUUGAAGGGGGACGGCGCCGGGUCCGGAUCGAGCUCUGCGGCGGCGUCGACCUCUGAUUCGAAACCUGCCUCGGCAGCAACAACUCCAGAUAUAGCGCCGCCUCCGAGUUUCAAACGGGUGGUUAAAAAGAAGAAGGACCACGCUGCGCUGUUAGGCAUCAAGAAGAAGCAGCCGCUCGUCUAAGUCCACAACGGCGGCAACGUCGCUACGAUAUGGAAGUUGGCAUGAAAUUCUCACCUUCUAAUUACUACAUAAGGUAGACAGUGGUCUGUUCACUGGGCCUAAACAAACUGGCGGGAACACGAAGAUGGGGAUUCUUGGACUUCCAGCACGCAGCGCAAACAACGAUCGUGUAUUUCCCUCGCUGAUAUCCGGGCGCAGCUCCCGAAUGCGCUCUAACCUGCCGUGUCCUU